AUGGGAGUCCUAAGAACACUUCCUGUGACACCUCCACAUGGAAACUUACUAUCAAAUUUCGGAGCUGCGGAGAGUUUAUCUAAAUCCAACUUCAAGCUCAGCAAGAAGUCCCAGUUCAGAGUUUUGGCCAAAACCGAGAAGGGUGGGAAGGGAGAUGACGAAGAGCCAAAGAAAACGAAGCAGUCACUGUUUAGCAGUGUGACAGAAGCGCUUGAUUUUUCUCAGACCAGGUCUGAAGAAGACGCCCUACUUCUCGAAGAUGCAAGACAGGCCACCAAGUCUGGAGAAAAGAUGUCAAGAGAACAGUAUGCCGCUCUCAGAAGAAAAAUUGGAGGCACUUACAAGGAUUUCUUUAAAUCCUAUGUUGAAGUGGAUGGACAAUAUGUGGAAGAAGGGUGGGUCGACAAAACGUGCAAGGUGUGCAGGAAGGACACCGGCGGCGAGCCAAGGCAAGUUGACAAGCUUGGAAGAUACGUUCAUGUGGCCUGUUUGGGGAAACCGAAAUCUGGCAACUUCUUUACCAGACUUUUCUCAAGUUGA